UCAAGUUAAAUGUUGUAAUCGUUGAGUAUUAUGUGAAUAAGCUGAUUUAGACAGUUAGAUCGUGGGUGGAGUUGGUGGUUAUAUUCAGUUUGUGGUCCUCGUAAGAGGUACGCCUCGGAUGUUUUUGUCAUGGCAGCUUUCACAGUGGCUGCGUUCCGUACUGCAGUAGUGGUGGUUCUGAGACAGCGCAUUACUUCAAGUAUUUUACAGCUUGCCAAGAAACGGCAACUAAUCAGUGCACAGAGAGCUGUUUUUACAUCUGCAUUUAUCAGAAGAGCAGCAGACAAUUCAAAGCAUUCUGCAGAGUCUUCCUCGCAGCAGAGUAAUGAGCCCGAGUCAGAAUCCUUGCAGUCUCAUAGCAGUUAUGCUGAUCAGAGUGGGGAACACUCUGAGGAUUAUGAAACGGAGGAGCAGCUCCAGCUACGAAUUCUCACAUCAGCACUAGAGUUUGUCCCAAGCCAUGGCUGGAGUGUGGAGGCAAUUGCAGAGGGUGCAGAGACCUUGGGCUUAUCAACUGCUGCUGCUGGGAUGUUCAACAAUGGAGCUGGAGAUCUAGUCCUACAUUUUGUGUCUCAGUGCAACUCGAAGCUGUCAGAGCAUUUGGAAGAGCAGCAUAAACUUGUGCAACUAGGACAAGCUGACAAAAAGAAAACAGAUGAGUUCUUAAGAGAUGCUCUGCAAGUCAGGCUGAAGAUGCUGAUUCCCUACAUUGAAAAAUGGCCUCAGGCAAUGGGCAUUCUUCUGCUUCCACAGAACAUCCCAGAAAGUCUAAAAUAUCUAACUAGCAUGGUUGAUGACAUCUGGUUCUAUGCAGGAGACAAAUCAACAGAUAUCAACUGGUAUACACGCAGAGCUAUGCUGGCAGGCAUCUACAAUACAUCUGAGCUUGUGAUGGUCCAGGACUCAUCACCUGACUUCCAGGAUACGUGGGCAUUUCUCCAGAACAGAAUCCAGGAUGCCAUGAAAGUGGCUCACACAGCUAAACAGGCUAAGUCAACAGGGGAAGCAGUUGCACAGGGCUUGAUGGGAGCUGCUGUCACACUCAAGAACAUAGCAGGAUUUGGCCACCAUCGAUGAACUGGACAUAAGUGUUGAAGGAUAGUCAUUAUUGCACAGUAUUGUGUGUGAAGGCCUUGUAGUUUUGUGCCUUGUUCUGGAUACCACUGAAGAAGUAAAAGGAGGAAUUUAAAUAUGAAAAAGGACAAGUGUAUCUGCUUAAACUGGCCUUUAGAAUGCUUUACAUUUUAGAAAGACUGGACUGUUUUGGGGAAAAAAUAAAUUCCUUAAAUAUAA